AUUUAGAACCUACAAAUAGUAUGGGUGUGGAACCAGAAAUAUGUGAACUAUUAGAAAUAGAGCAAAGCAACAAACAAGAUCUUCAAAUUUCAGUGGAUACUUCAUUUUUGUCAGUAGAAUUCAAUAAUAACGGCGAGGUUAGACGAUGUACGUUUGAGUAUACGCAUUUUGGGGAAUGUGUUAGUAAUCAGGUUGUUGACCUUUCACAGCAACGUAAUAGAAGUUUAGGAAAGAUAUCGUGCCCAUGGCACAUAAAUUUAUCAAAACCAAAAAAAUCUGCAGUUGUAAUUAUCACGAGUAUAAUAGGGGAGCAUAAUCAUCAGCUACAAUCUGACAUUGGGCUAUAUGCUCCAAAGUAUAGAAAAUUAUCAUCAGAAAUCUUAGAAAAAAUAGAAUUCUAUAUUACAAAAGGAAAAAUAAGAUCUAAGCAAAUGCUACCUCUUUUAACUUCUGAAUUUCCUGAUCAUAUUAUUCACAAACGCAAUCUUUAUAAUGCUGUCCAAAAGGUUAGAAGACCACUUAAUCAAUGUCAGGGAGAAGCACAAGAAUUCAUUGAUUAUUUGUU